UCAAAACUAACACUUUAAUUGGUUGAGAUGAAAUAUGUGAUGAAACAUGAGACAGUCUCAAAAUCCCAGCUGAAGGCAGGAGACCAUGUAUUUGCUCCUUGCUUGACAUCAGAGGGUGACAAUGGCAUCUUCAUCGGGGGAGACAGAGUUAUUUAUGUUGUGGAACGAAAAGAGGGUGGCGGGUGUUUUGGCGCUCGUUGGUGUGCACCUUUUAUGAGCACAACUAGCAGUGGUGGUGGCGACAGUGAAAAGAAGAAAAAGACGCAUUGCGAGAAAUCUUAUUGUGGAGAGGAGAAAGUGGCGAGAAGUGGAGUGCGGUUGUGUUGCGUAGAUUGCUUUAUCAAUGAAGAAGGCUUUCUACACCGAUUCAUAUGUGAAUCGGAUGCUCCAAAACAAGUGGUAGAAAGAGCCACGUAUCUCUAUGAAAACGGGUGUUCCGAGCAUAAAGGAACGAACGUUGGUACCAAUUACGGUUUCGUAGAAUACUGCAAGACUGGUUAUGCAGCACCAGAUAGUGCGACCAUAAAAAAGAACAGAGAAUCUGCAAGGAAAAUGUUUAAAUAACUAAAGAACUCGUUUGUAGGGUGGGGGUGUAUGUGUUAUCGAUUGAUCAAACAACUUUCUUUUUUAAUAUAUUUAUUAUUGUUGUUGUUUUCGUUGUUG